UGGGCCCGAGCCCCGCCCCGCCCCGCCCCGCCUGGUCGCGGAGCGGCGGCCGGCGCAGGGAGGGCCCGGCCCCGGGAUGCCACACUCAACUCAACUGUACCAGCAUGUGCCGGAGACACGCUGGCCCAUUGUGUACUCACCGCGCUACAACAUAACCUUCAUGGGCCUGGAGAAGCUGCACCCCUUUGACGCGGGAAAAUGGGGCAAAGUGAUCAGCUUCCUGAAAGAAGAGAACCUUCUGUCAGACAGCAUGCUGGUGGAGGCGAGGGAGGCCUCGGACGAGGACCUGCUGGUGGUGCACACGAGACGCUAUCUCAAUGAGCUGAAGUGGUCCUUUGCUGUUGCAACCAUCACAGAAAUCCCGCCUGUCAUCUUCCUCCCCAACUUCCUUGUGCAGAGGAAGGUGCUGAAGCCCCUUCGGACCCAGACAGGAGGAACCAUCAUGGCAGGGAAGCUGGCCGUGGAGCGAGGCUGGGCCAUCAAUGUGGGCGGCGGCUUCCAUCACUGCUCCAGCGACCGGGGUGGGGGCUUCUGCGCCUAUGCAGACAUCACGCUCGCCAUCAAGUUUCUGUUUGAGCGAAUGGAGGGCAUCUCCAGAGCCACCAUCGUUGAUCUCGAUGCCCAUCAGGGCAACGGGCAUGAACGGGACUUCAUGGAUGACAAGCGUGUGUACAUCAUGGACGUCUACAACCGCCACAUCUACCCCGGGGACCGCUUUGCCAAGCAGGCUAUCAGGCGGAAGGUGGAGCUGGAGUGGGGCACAGAGGAUGAUGAGUACCUGGAUAAAGUGGAGAGGAGCCUCAAGAAAGCCCUCCAGGAGCACCCCCCCGAUGUGGUGGUGUACAACGCAGGCACCGACGUCCUUGAGGGUGACCGCCUUGGGGGGCUCUCCAUCAGCCCACAGGGCAUCGUGAAGCGGGAUGAACUGGUGUUCCGGAUGGUCCGAGGCCGCCAGGUGCCCAUCCUCAUGGUGACCUCUGGCGGGUACCAGAAGCGCACGGCCCGCAUCAUUGCUGACUCUAUCCUUAAUUUGUAUGGCUUGGGGCUCAUCGGUCCAGAGCCACCCAGCAUCUCAGCACAGAACUCAGACACCCCUCUGCUGCCCCCUGAGGUGCCCUGACCGCGCUACCCUUCUGAGCGACUCCCUGCCUGCCUGCUGCCCCACCCGGCCCUCAGUGCUUCUCCUUUCUAACGUUGUGAGGCGGUGGGGGCAGUCCCCAGGGGCACUGAGGACCGCUCCUCCGCUCUCCCGACUGGGUGUCGCAGGGUCUCCAGGCUAUCUGGGCAGGGGCAGAAGGCAGAGCCCGAGACCCAGGAAGACCCCAUACGGGGUCGUGGGUCUGACCAGGCCUUGUGGAGGCAGGCAGUUCGCUGAGGAGGAGGAGGGCAGGUGAGGCUCCCAGGGCUGCAGUGAGGGCCCCCAGGGGUUGGGGUGUUCUGGUUUUCAAAAAAGCCGGACUCAUUUCAGACUGA